AAAAAAAAAAAAAAAAGAUAAGAGUUGAAACGUGCGUGAGAGAGGUAGUAUAUGUGCGUGUAGUAUAACAGACAGCUGCUCCGGAAUCCUCCCUUGCUCCGUCCACUCCCCGCCAUCUCAAUCUCGUCCGAAACCGGCCUUCCCGUCCGUCAUACGAAAAUGGCCAACAGAGUUCCAAUUCCUACCAGCAAUUCAUCACUUAUUGCUAUGAUUGCAGAUGAGGAUACCAUAGUUGGGUUUCUUUUGGCUGGAGUGGGAAACGUUGACAUACGUAGGAAGACAAAUUACCUCAUUGUGGAUUCAAAAACAACUGUCAAACAAAUCGAGGAUGCAUUCAAAGAAUUCACAACAAGGGAGGAUAUUGCUAUUGUGCUGAUUAGCCAAUUUGUUGCAAAUAUGAUAAGGUUUUUGGUUGAUAGUUAUAACAAGCCUGUUCCUGCAAUACUUGAAAUCCCAUCCAAAGACCACCCUUAUGAUCCCGCGCAUGAUUCAGUUCUUUCACGAGUGAAGUAUCUCUUCUCUGCUGAAUCAGUGGCUUCUGAUAGACGCUGAAUCACCCUUGUUUCGCGGCAGCUUUUGGGUGUUUGUUGUUCUUUUUUUGUACAUUAUGGCCAAUAAUCUUCACUUGAAAUUCAUGAGUUCUAUGUAGCUUGAAUAAUUUGUACUGUUUGGUUGUAAUUUGAAAAUCCUGUGAUAGAUCUUCAAGAUGGGCUGAUUUAUUGUGUCACCUGGGAUGAAAUUAUAGCAUGAAAUGAAAUUUGCACUCUUAUCAAGACUGCAUGUUGUGAGUUA